GUUUCCGCCGAACGCCCACGGUGAAUUUUUACAAUAGAAGUAGAAUGGUUUCCCAAAACAGUCUCCUCCUUUGAUUUUAUUAUUCGCCACUUUACAAUGAAGUUACCACUCUCUCUCUCUCUCUCUCUCUCUCUCUCUCCAACAUGACUGCAACUUAGAUAAAAAGAGGAAAGAAUGAGUAAUUGAAUGAUUUGUUUAAUGUUAGUUGAAUUUGGAUCUAUCUCUCUUCCCUUCCCUUCUUCAGAUCUCUCCUCCAUUUAAGGGCUUCCUCAUAUCAUAUCUCACACUUGCCCCAAUUUAAUCAACAAUGUCAAUGUCGUCUCUUUGACUUCAGUUUCACUCUUCACCUUUCUCUUCACGUUCUCAAGUUUUCUUCUGUGCCUUCUUCCCUCUCAAGUUUCUGAUCAUAGAUUUCUAAUAAAAAGUCUCGGCCUUUACUUAUACCCGUUCAAUGGAUCCGACUUUAAGAUCCGACCCGCGUCGUCAGUUUUUGGGGGUUUAAUUAAGAAACUUCCCGACGUUUCUUUUUACUUUUAUAUCUCUCCAGGGAGCCGAUGAAACGAUCCGUUAGGCCUCUCUUUAGUGCUCUCCUCUUCGCUUUCUUCGCCGCCACGCUCAUUUGCAGAGUCGCGAUUCGCCGGAGUAGCUUCUCCUUCGCCUCCGCGAUCGCCGAGCUCGGCACCUCCGGACUCAUGACGACUGAAGAGAUUGUAUUCAACGAGACAUUGCUCGAAUUCGCCGCCAUUGAUCCCGGCGAGCUCAAGUUCAAGCAAGAGGUCGAUCUGAUCUCGGAUUACGACAACACCCGGAGAAGCCACCGCCGCCAUUUCAGCUCCAUGACAAGACCGAGCGAACAACAUCGCCAUGGGAGCAGCAGCAGAGACAUUGCUUCGAGAUUCCCGGUAACGCUUCGUUCCCCUCAGGUUUAUCGUUACUGGUCAGAGUUCAAGAGAAAUUUACAACUUUGGGCUCGUAGAAGAAGAGCUUAUGAACCUAACAUCAUGUUAGAUUUGAUCAGAUUAGUCAAGGAUCCGAUUGAUUCCCACAACGGUGUUAGUGUUGUUUCGGUUUCGAGUAAAAGAUACUCAUCCUGUGCAGUGGUUGGUAACAGCGGCACAUUGCUGAUUAGCCAAUACGGUGAUCUCAUUGAUAAGCAUGAGAUUGUGAUUCGCUUGAACAAUGCCAAAACAGAGAGGUUUGAGAAAAAGGUCGGAUCGAAAACGAACAUAUCUUUCAUAAAUAGUAACAUUUUGCAUCAGUGUGGGAGAAGGCAGAGCUGUUACUGUCAUCCCUAUGGCGAAACAGUUCCCAUUGUGAUGUACAUUUGCCAACCCAUUCACGUUUUGGAUUAUACUGUUUGCAAACCAUCGCAUAGAGCUCCUCUGAUUAUCACGGAUCCGAGAUUCGAUGUCCUGUGUGCUAGAAUCGUCAAGUAUUACUCGGUCAAGAAGUUCUUGGAAGAGAAGAAAGCGGAAGGGUUUGUGGAUUGGAGCAAAAACCAUGAAGGCUCGUUGUUUCACUACUCGUCAGGUAUGCAGGCUGUGAUGCUUGCGGUGGGAGUUUGUGAGAAAGUUAGUGUUUUCGGGUUUGGGAAGUUGAAUUCAACCAAGCACCAUUACCAUACUAAUCAGAAGGCAGAGCUGAAGCUUCAUGACUAUGAAGCAGAGUAUAGAUUGUAUCGCGACCUGGAAAACAAUCCCAGGGCUAUCCCGUUCUUGCCUAAAGAGUUUAAGAUCCCUUUGGUAAAAGUUUACCUUUGAAAAUAUACAUAUAUACCAUCAAAGAGUUUUGUCAGAGAGUUGUGUUAUUGUUUCAAGCGAAGAAGCUUGUUGUUAAGAGUUUUGCACUGUCGUUUUGUCCCAAGUCCCAAAGAUUUUGCUUCAGAUUGGGCGGUGGAGACCAAGUACACUUUCCCAAAAUGGUUAGGGGUAAGUGCUUUUUACAUUUUUUUUGGAUUUGUGGUGUCACACACAUAUUGAAAUAUAUGGUAAAUUUCGACGAUA